CUUGCGCAUUUCAAUGUUGUGAUUUUAAGUGCAACAACAUGUCUGCCUCCAUGGUGCGAGCGACCGUCCGAGCGGUCAGCAAAAGAAAGAUACUGCCUACAAGAGCCGCUCUGACACUGACUCCAUCGGCUGUGAACAAGAUCAGGAUAUUGUUGCAGGACAAGCCAGAAUAUAUCGGUUUGAAGGUCGGAGUGAGAACACGUGGCUGCAAUGGACUGACUUACACACUGGACUACACUAAGGAGAGAGAAAAAUCUGAUGAGGAAGUGCUGCAGGAUGGUGUAAGGGUGUUCAUAGAGAAGAAGGCUCAGCUGACCCUUCUGGGCACUGAGAUGGACUUUGUGGAGUCAAAGCUGUCCAGUGAAUUUGUCUUCAAUAAUCCCAACAUCAAGGGAACAUGUGGCUGUGGAGAAAGCUUCAACAUAUGAGCAUCACGGGACCUCUAUCCUCCCUGCACCCUUAUUAUUCCAAACCCCGUCCCACCCACAAAGACUGAGAGACUGAAUGUUGACGAGGAAGUCGGACAUGAGGAAAUCUCUGAGAUACAGACGUGCCUGCGUUCCCACCACUGCUCUUCCUGCAGGCCACUUGCACACGCACACUCGUGAAGCCCAUGUACGUUUCAUGCUUAGAGGAAGGUUUGAAUAUAGUCGAUGUAGUCAAAAACCAUCUCAACAUAUUGAUUAUAGAUUCAGAUACCUUUGAUCUUGACAACUGCUUUUUUAUUUGUGGCACUGCAUCUAAAAAACUAUAGAAGGACCUCAAAGGCGAAGGUGUUUUUUUUUUUUAUUCUGUGACUAGCUGCCAUCUUACACAUACACGCACAAUAUUUUCAGUCAAAUUUCACCAUGACUUGUAUGCAGGAGGGAAUGGUACAUGAGCAACACUGAAGCUGAGAGCUGAUCAGGUUUGCGUUAGUAAAGCUAAGAAGAUGAAGCGUGAUACUUUUAAGUAUUCUGUUUUCAAGUUUGAAUCUAUCCACUAACAUCUAUAGACGUCAAGGUCGACAUCAGCCGUUUGAUAAACACGCUGUGAGACAGUGUGCUAUCAUCCAGUGUCAUGUACCAGUGGUAUGCAAAAGUGGAAGAGUUUGAGUGUCUUGAAUCUGCUUUAUUAGUUUGUAUAAGUAUCUAUUUAUCUCUGUGUGUAAAUAUAAAGAAUGUAAAUCUCCCAUGAACCACACAAGCGCACAAAAAAAACACACACCAAGCAUGUAUCCCUCGUAUAAGAGUACAUGAGGUUUAUGUUGGAUUAUUUUUUGCUUGAUCUAAACCAGGACUUUGUAUAGACUGCUGUUAAGAUUUGUAACCUGUGCAAUAUGUCUGUGUACAUAUGAAAUAAUAAAUAGCUGAAUCCAGUAA